AUGACUUCGGAUUGCAUGUAUCCCCAGAUUGAAGAGCGCCUUAUCCCAUUCAACGAUAACCAGGACUAUGAAUCAGAAUACGCAGCCGAAGGAUGCGACUUUAAUUAUCGGGAGUGGGCAAAUAAACAGGAAUUCAUAUCACUCGUCAAAUCCCUCAGCGCACUAGAUCUACCGUCCGCGCAACACAUCGAAGACAUCGAAGACAUCUCGACAGGGGAUCUGGAUUCUAUCGUUAGCGGGGACCAAUUCAGCCACAGCAACAACAAAACCACCCAUGUUCCUGAGCUACUAGUUUCCAAUUCUCCAUCCCCGCCAGAAUACCCUAUCAACCGUACAGCCUGGGGAAAUGCCGAUGAUAUUCCGACCCGAGUACAAAGCGCAAUACUAGAGGAAUUCCCACCCCUUGUUAGGUGUCGCGAUGCGCCUGCAAUGAGGUACUUAGAUGAAUAUAUAAUGGACCUGGAGGAGUCGAUGUUAUCGGAUUGGUCGUUUUCCUAUCUUGUGAAUGGCGAUUAUGAUGAGCAUCAGGAAAAUGCUUCGGAUACUGAGAGCGCAUCAAUAAGCAAGGAGAAGGAGGUUAGGGUUGCCGAAAGCAAGGAUGAAGAGGAUUGGUCUUUCCUUUUGCCGUCAAGCAGUACGAUAUCAUUACGAUCACCAUGUACGGAUACUCUGCACUACUAUGAACGGGAGCUAUGA